UCGGCUUCUAUAGCGGGUGUGGCUGCACCUGAAGGCACUCAGGAAUCCUAUCCGAUGAUAGUCCUGAAUGUUCCACAAAAGAUCGGAACACCUGUUCACUGCGAGUACAUACCUGAAUGACGUCAUCUGAUGGGUACACCAACCAACCCAUGCUCUUUCAGCGAAUGAGAGUGUGUUGUGGAAUGGAAGCCGCGGGAACACUCAGAGCUUCAACACAUGUUUCACACUUCAAGCAUUUUGCAAAUAACGAACGACAUAUCCCGCAAUGAACCGUCAGACAACGAGAGAGGAGCGGCCCAAGGAAGAGAAUCUCCUCAGUCUAGCACCAACAUGGAGAAGUCCCCAGAGACGGAAGCAGUUCGGAAAGAGAUGCACGACGCAAUCGCCGACGGAGACAUUGCUAAGGUGCAAAGAUAUCUCAACGUUUACAAAGCUCUGAAGCUGUGGCUGGACCCAGAGACUGAAAAAUCAGCUAUAUGUAAAGCGGCCGAGGUGGGGCAACCCAAAAUACGUGCCCUUCUAGUGCAUCACAACUGCAGAACUAACAAGGAGAAAGGAGUAGAGCAAUUGGAGCAAGUCUGGGACCUCAAAGAUCUCCAAAGACCAAAGAUAUCGAGGAACUGCAACACCUCCAAGAUGUCGAAUAUCGUUACCAACUCGGAUGUUUUGUGCCAAAGUGCGGGCAUAUUCCGCACCUAGUUGGUAAUACAUCAAGCAAAACACAAUGCGGUCACCGUGAAAGAAAGGGAAUUGAAGCAUCCUACGAGAAACUGCAGAAGAUUGCGAUAGUGGACACUGUUCUGCGGGUUGCAGCGACAAGGUCGUGGUUGGAGGUCAUUUUGGAUUUUCAAAGUGAUAAUUUAGGCAGCGUGAUGGGUGACAAAUGCAGUAAUGCCUGGGGCGUGACUUUUCCGAGAGAAGGAAGGAUCUACGUUGGAGCAAAGAGGAACCAAUCUGAACUUCUAGGAACCAUUGCGCAUGAAUUUGGUCAUUUUGCUCUUGAGAUGGUAUACGAAAAUGAUUCGAAGCCCUACAAGCGAGGCGACGUAGAGCGACGUGAACGCUACAAGGCCAUCGUGAAUGAGAUCAGGCUACGGAAACACGAUGUGCACGAUGUAAUAAAGAGAGCGUUUGAC